ACACUACGAUGUAAUAACGGCAACGUCUAACUUUCCGGCCUGGGCCUGAUUUCUUGGUUAUGGUUAUUGUUGCAAAUUUUAUUUGAUGUGUUGCAAUUUGAUUUCCAGGGAUUAAAUCAAUAGUUUUUUACUUUUCUAUCUUAAAAUGCAAUAAGUUAUUCCAUUGUAGGGUAGUUGGAUCUUUUGUAAAUAUACGAAGGAUUGAGUACUUCAAUAAUUCCUCUUUAUGAUGGGAAUAAUUACUAGUACUUCUUACUUAGCGGUUUUUAGCGCUGGAACGAUUGUAGGCAUUACUUCAACAUUGACUUUAUUGAAAUUCUUACCAAAGAUCAGAAAAAAAGGAUAUGAUAAAUGGGAAAAAGGACAAGAAGAAAAAUUUGAGUUCGAACCUACAGCAGUAAAUGACGAAUAUAGAUUAGUUUUAGCAGUACGAAAUGACCUUAAAAUGCAAAAAGGUAAGAUAGCAGCGCAGUGUGGUCAUGCCUCUGUUGCAGCAUAUGCCAAAAUACUAAACGAAAGACCAAAUUUACUACCUCUUUGGUAUAGACAAGGAGGUACCAAAAUAGCUGUUAAAAUAGAAUCUGAAGAUGAAUUAUUUAAGUUAGAUGAAGAAGCUAAAAAACUUAAUGUAUUAACUAGUGUUAUCAGAGACGCUGGUCAAACACAAGUAGUACCAGGUACACGAACUGUGAUAGCUGUUGGACCUGCACCCAAAAGUGUAUUGGACAAAAUAACGGGACAUUUAAAAUUGUUGUGAGAAUUUAAUGUUACUGUUACUUGUAUAAUAGUACUUUGUUUUCAUUCAUGAUCGCAUCUACUUUGUGUGUGUUCCAUAUUCAAUAUUUUGAAUUUGAAACUGAUGAAAUAAAAUAAUUUAUAUUA